GCCUAAGUAAAGUUCACUUUCCAAAGCAAAAACUACAAAUGACAAGCAUGGCCUUUCGAUCCAUCAUUCACUAGGCCAUGGAAAAUCUGACAAUCAACAUGACAUCUUCAUUCGACGUCACUGACGUAAACGACCUCUUCUCUUGAUCAACCUUCGUGAUAUUUGAUCAAUAUAUGAUUGGCAGUGUUGCGCUUGAAUGGUCAUAUCGACAUCCUCUUGCUCAGUGUUCGAGUCCUUACUCCACAGAAAAGAUGGCUGUUUUGAAACUGGUUUUGCUAUUUUCUUUCGCGUUGUUUAUUCUAAUUUUACUAUCAGAUGACGCCAAAGCUUUUCCCGAUGGUAAAACGUCGGCAAGAACCAAUCAUAAAAAGAAAAUAAAAGUCAAGCCAAUCCAAGCAAAUCUUGGAGCAACUUGUAGGUUAAAAUGCAAGAUUCCUUCAAAGACAUCAGAGGUUCUGUGGUUCAAAGAUGGCCUUCUACUGAACAUUACCAAGUCAAGUGGAUACCAAAUCAAAAGGCGCUCAAAGCAAAAACGUGAAUUUUUAAAAAUUAUAAAGAUAUCGCAAAACAACUGUGGGUUAUUUGAAUGUCUUGUGAGAAAGAGCGGCAAGCACGGAGCUUGGAGAAUUGUAUUGUCUGAUGGUAAUGGAGUCAAGUGCAAACGAACUAGACGAGAAACAGAUAAGACGCCAGUCUGUGGGAAGGCUGGUAAAGGGAAGACAUGUGCCAAUUCGAGGUUUCCAAACUGCAAGUCAUUCGCAGGACCACCAAAGGACUUUAACACAGCAGUGUUUAUUCACAAGGGAAAACCUGUCAUACAGAUUGGCUGGAAACCUCCAGAUAUAGGGUACAAUGAUCUGUGGGGGUAUCAAGUACAUAUACUUGGCUUUGCUGGACAUGCCGGUUUUCAGAGAUGCAUUCAAAUCAACUCGAAAGAGGACAAAGAGCCAUAUCAUACGUUUAAUUACAUUAAAUUUGGCUCAGAGUACAGACUAAUACUCCAAAGUCUGCCGUCCAAAGAAAUGGUCGAAAAGAAAGUCUACGUCAAAGAAAAGUGCGAAUUCAAGGAGUUCAAGAUGCAUACAAGCUGCUGUUUUAUUUCCGAUUUAAAUAGCACAGUCGAUACUGACCGUGGUACAAUAUCCUUGUUUUGGAGCAUUCAUUGUGCAGAUCAAUCAAUCGACAUCAAACGAUUUCGUGUCGCCUGGACAAAUCUGCAAAACCCUGAAAAAUGCUCUGGGCUACAGACAUUUCGAAAUGAUAUUUCAGAGAUUUCAAGAUACAAUUAUUCUAUCAUCUUGUCAGAGGAGUGUCAACAGCAUAACUACUCCAUCAAGGUGAUAGGCGUCCAUGAGAGCAAUGAGACAACAAGAAAAGCCAGGAUUAUGGUGUCCUACCCUCAAAAGAUUGCCAAAGUUUCAGCCACUACUGUAUGGGGAAAUAAAUCGGAUGAUAGCACCAAAGUCUUCGUAGCCGUUGCUGGGGUUAUUUUUGGAGUUGCGCUGGUUGCUUUAUUCUUCGUCUACAAGUAUUGCUUUACUAAGGUGGUUUAUAAGCUUCCGAACCCGUCACAACGGAUAGCAGUCUCCAGUGAUCAUUCCCCGUCUCGCUCUGGAGAACCCCUUCUUGAUGAAGGGAUAAAAAGGGUUUUCCUGAUGAGUGCUCGGUGCUGCCAACAGUGCAAAUGGGUAGUACAUUGUCUGGGUGAACUACUGACAUCCACGGGUUUGGUGGAAGUAAGAGCAGAUCUAUGGUCAGAGAAUGAGAUAUCAAGUGGCGUUGUGAGAUGGUACGAGGAAGAAAUUCGCGAGGCCAAAUGCGUCGUAGUCUUGGCUUCGAGUAAAAUGGCGAGAUGGAAAAAAAGAACUAAGGAAUUAGACGCGGAAAGUGAUGACCUCCUAGAUAUCACAGCGCAGUUGAACCUUGUAUCCGGCGAGAUAAUCAGAGAUCCAAAUUCGCCCAAGUUCAUUCCGGCCUACUUCAAGUACAAUGGAGAACCUAAAGAUAUACCUGACUUUCUCAGCUCAAGACUUGCAUACAAGUUACCGAACGAUCUGAAUAGGUUGAUCUAUCAUGUGCUGAACAUAGAAGCGAUCCAGCCUUAUCGUACACGUCCUAUAGUGGUGUUGGGAGGAAGUGAUCACCCAUUUGAAUCACGUAAAGUAGAUUUGUUACAGGCGAUAGCUGAGGCUGAUGAAGAACACUUGCGGAUUGAAAGUGAAAAAAACAACAGGAGCAGCGUCGCGUAGCUUGAAGAGUAAAAUAUAUACAGUCAAUUCAAUAAACGUUGUCGUCGACCUGCUCAAGCCUACGCGACUGGACCGAAAGGAAUAUGGGUAAAAAUCACUGAGCGAUUAAAUAUUCGUUCUGAAUAAAUUGUUCCCGCUAGUAAUAAGGUAAUAAUGGCUAGAAUUAAUCCAUAAAAUGCAUGUCUUCGGGUUUAGGGAAAGAAAAAACAAAGUAGUUAUGAUUCAGUUCACAAUUCUGAAAAUAUGAAUGCAUUAAAAAAACGUCUACUUCAACACUUCCCGCUCGCCUACAAAGGUU